AUGGCUUCCAUGCAGCCUAUGCCUGCUGCCCUUUCCUCUCUCUCGAGAAACAGGGCUUCUUCUCCGCUAAAUCUUGAAUAUCUUUCGCCGCGGGAACCGCCGUGGACAGGAGAUUGCAGUCCGGUUGCCGCGGCUCGUCGGAAUGGAAAGGAGGAACCCAGUUCCCCGGCCUUGCAGCUUGAGGACCACGAGAGCGGCCCCAGAAAAGCCUGUCUAAGUUCACCUUUGUCACGAGAGUCUGUCGCACCACGCCUUCCUCCUUUCUCGUGUAUGUCUGAUGCUUUUCCUGCUCCUGUCUCUCAUGUUCCCUGUCAUCACCCACAGUCGACACGCUCGCCCCGGCGUCAUUCCGACGAAGGCUACCGAAAGCAGUAUGCGGAGUCUGUAGACUACAGAGUAGACCGGUACCAAGACGCCAUCCAUGCGCCAAUUUCUUCCAGCUGGUCGCGAUCUCUCUCCUUUCAUUCGGUCCCUUCCUCACCGCCAUGUAGCGCGGGGGCCUGUUCUUCGCAGUCUCCUUCUCAGCCAUCUUGCGGCCGCAGCGUGGCUCAGGACCCCUCUCUGCAGGUUCCUCAUCCUUCGGCGCCUUCUGAACAUCUUCACGCUCCCUGUGCGUCGCCCAAAGUUCUCCGGGUUUCCUCGAAUCCGUCUUUUGCUGACACGGCCGCUGCCAUAGAUGCCGCGGCACCUGCAGGGGCAUCGCGUGCAGCUGCCUCUCCUCUGCCGAGUUUCCUCGUUAUUUCUAGAGAGCGCCACAGGGAAAGCCUCUCGCUGUGCGACUCAAAACAAGGCUCUUCUCCUUCUUCUACACCUGCGUCUGCUCCUUCGUCCGCUUCUUUCUUUGCCUCUUCCGCUGCUACUCGGCGGCUCAAAUCCGUGCGGCGCUUCACAAAUUUCUCGGCAAGUCAACUAGCUGUGACGCCUCCUCCCUUCCCUUCUUUUCUGUCGGCACACUGGACCGACGCAAUCACUCCGUUCGCGAGGCCGCGCGGGAAAAUCGACGACCAGGAGACCUCCAGUGACAGUUCGCAACGCGCUAAAGACUCUGCUUCUCUGGCGCCGACGCCAUCGCCUCCUUUCCCACGUUUCCCCUCGACCUCCGCCUCUUCAGAGUUUUCAACGCGUCUUCCUUCUCCUCCGUCUUCGCGGCUGCAGUCUUUCUCCUCGUCGCCUGUCGACGAGGCAGCUGUGCCUGCCGUCGUGCCUGUUAACUCGACUGCGUCAAGCAGGUGCGCAGCCUGUCCGGCGGAGGGCGCUCUUCCUCCCUCUUCCUCGUCGUUUCCUCCACGAGAAUCAGAGACCCUUUCUCAGCGAGCGGGAGUGGAUGCGAAGCCAGCGCACGAUCCGCGGCGUGUGCCCGACUGCAAGACUGCCGAGGCGUUCUCUUUGUUCUCUUCUCAGCUGCUGAAGACGUCGGUUUUGAGGGAGAGCCUGUUCAAUCUCUCCGCCUUAGAUCUCUCGGUUGCGUCGCGCGGCGACCUGGAUGAGGGGAGGCGGCGCCCUUCUGGCCUCUCUCCUUCCGCGUUCUCUUCCCCAGGAGAGGACAGACGCUCGUCGACGGCCGUUGCCUCGGGCUCUUCUGUCUCGCCCCUACAAGAGCCUUUCUGUCCCUCGGCAGGUUUCGCUGCUGCCUCCUCUUUACGCGUUUCUUCUUCCUGGGCAGUCCCGCCGGCAGCUUCUUCCUCGCCGGCCGGCGUCUGUACACCGGAGCCGCGAAACGCGCUGGGUGAGCUGCCUCCAACGCUGUCCUCCGCAGGAGCGCUACGCCGUCCGCAGAAGAAGAAUGACUCUGUCCUUCCUGUGGAGAGAGCGGAGGCGAAGGAAGCCAAGAAAAAGAGUGUAAGAUUUCCUCCAUGCGUGCACCCCGGAGACUCUGGGGCGUCUGUCGCCUCGCGGUGUGAAGAAGGCGGGAAACAUGAGGCAGGAACGCGCGGAUAUGUGCACGACGCGAGCCUGGUUGCGGAGUGGGAAGACGGGGAUCUGCAUCAGCCGCAAAGCGACAGGGCCUUUGUCGUUCGAAGCCGUCAAGGGACGGAGCUUGGGGCCUGUCUUGUCACAGACCACAGACACGGUUUUGAUGACGCAAAUCCAAGUCGAGCGACCGGUGAAGAUCUUCCAGGUCGGCGCCGCGGGAGCGUGGACAGGGCGGAAACAGCUGAAGAGCGGAUGCGGCGCAUCCAUGAGCAACUAGAGGCCCUGAAGAAACGCAACGACGCCCUCGAAGUGGAGCUACUUGCGGCUCAAGCGAGACGCAAAAUGUCGCUCGGAGGCCCGGGAGCAGCUUCCCCGUCUGACUUGCCGCGCAAUCCAGUCGCAGAGCGCGUCCCUGCGGCGGCGCUUGGUCCAGCAAAGGUCUGCACAGAUUUCGCCGAGACAGAAGUUUUCGAAAGAAAUGACGCAAGCGGCGGGGCGGAGGGCAAGGAUCGAACGACACCGCAAGGGCGCGAGUCGAAAACCGCUGGACGUCCGUGCUUGUCACCGUCUGACACAGAAGGGGUUUUGUCAGGUGUACGCACAUCUCUCUCCAACCUGGAGGCUGAAGAGGAGCUUUUUGAGGUGCCUCUCGACGACGCAGAGGCGGCCGAGCGACCAGCACCCGCGCAGCAGGUCUACCAGAAUCUUCCAGAAAAGCUUUCAGUGUCUUCAAACAGUGUGUCUCGUUCCUCUUCUGACCCAUUCCACGACAUGCCCGAAACACCCGACGCAGCCAGCCCUGAGGUCUCAUCGGAGGCGACCGGCGGCUGCACGGUGACGCGUGGAGCUGCUGCACCACGCGACGCGAAUGGUGCAGAAGAGGCCGAAGGAGAACGAAAUACGCAGAAGAGGGAGGGGGAUGCUUCGACGGGAAGAGCGACGAACGGGCGUAGAGAAAACACCCUCGAAGGCGGAGACGAGAUGGACAGCGAGGCGAGGGAACACAAUGCAACGGAAGAGCAAGCAACCGCGACAGGGAUCAUGCAGGUCUGCCCCCGAUCGUCAGGCGCUUGUCAUUUUACGGCUGUGGAGGGGGAAGCGGAGGGCGUGGAGGGGCUAGACGGUUUCCUUCGCGAAGAGGCAGAAGAGGCUGAGGCGGCGUUCGAAGAGAGAAAGGAGACGCUAGCCACAGCACGGAGAAGUCUCGAAGAGGAGAGGCAGGCGUGCGCGAAGAAGAAGCGCACGCUGGCGGAGGAGCUCGAGAGACUCGCGGCAGAGGGCAAAGAGCUAGAGGAAGGGAAGGCGGCCAAAGAAGAGGUUGAAAAAAGCAGAGAGACGUGCAGGACGCAGAAGGCCAAGCUCGACGCAGAGAGAGAAAUGCUUUGGCAAGCGAACACCAAGCUCGAGGAAGACCGGCGGACGUGUGCGGAAGAGCAGGCUGCCCUCCUGGGAGAAAAGAAAGCAGCUCUGAAGCGGAAAUACGACUUGCAGGAAGAACUCGAUCGUUUCAAGAAGAAGCAACAGGAGCUCCAGGAAGCGACAGAGAGGCUCGACGCAGACAGGCACCAGUUUGAAAAGGAGAGGGCCGCUUUCGUAAACGAAAAACGGGAAUUCACUGACAAAAGGGAGUACUACGAUGCCCGCAGGAGACGGAUGGAGGAAGAACGAGAAAGGCACCUCGAAGAGGCGGGAGGGCUGAAAGCGAGGGAGGAAGCGUGCGAGGAGCGGAAGCGCGAGCUUGACAAAGAGAGAGACAGUUUGGAAAAAGAUAAAACUAUGUUGGAAAAAGAGCGCGAGGCUGUCACACGAGAACGACGCGCGCUGGAGGAAGCACGGGAGAGUUCUGCACACGUAACGCGGCAGGCAGAAGAAGAGCGAGCUGCGCUUGCACACGCGAAAGGGGCGCUAGACGGCGAGCGGGAGGCCUUCGCGCGGGAGCAAAGAGAGCUUCACGAAGAGAGAGAGUCGCUGGUGCAAGCGAAAAUCAAGGUACAGCAAGAACGAGAGGCAUGCGCAAUUCAGAGGCAGCGCUUGGAAGAGGAGAGAACGAAUUAUCUGAGAAUGACGGCGGAGAUCGAAGAAGAGCGGAAGACUCACGCGGGCGAGAAGCGUCGGCUGGAGGAGGAGAGGGAACAAUACGCUGCACAGGCGAGACAACUCGAGGCCGACAGAGAGACGCUUACCCGGGAGCUCGGCGAGCUGGAGGCCGCGCUGAAGAAUCAGCGGGGAUUGCUUGCCGACAAAUCAAAGGCGUGGGAGAUUGAGAGGGAGACAAUGGAAAGCCGGCUGAAGGAGAGCGAGGAGUUUCGCGCCAAAGAAGCACAGGCUCAUCAAGAGCGCGAGAGGGAGGGCGCGGACGCGUAUGAAAAACUAAGGAAACAGAAUCGAGAGAUAGAAGCUGAGAAGGCAGUUCUACGGGACGAGCUGAUGCGCCUACAGGAGGAGAAUACCGUGCAGACACUCGCGCGGGCGACAGCCGAGCAAGAAGAAGAAAAACGCCGAGAAGAGUGCGAAAGAGAGCUUGAGCGCGAAAAGCAUCAGAGAGAACAAGUCUGCCAGCGACUUAUCCAGCAGAACGCCGAGCUCGCUGAGGAAAGCAACGAGCUGCGAAAAUGCCUAGAGCAAAUGACGAGCAAGCUUGCAGACUGGAGGCGACGAGGAGAGGACGCGGAGGGACGCGCAGAAGAGCAAGAAAAAGCGACAGAACGGCUUAGAGAGGAGAAUGAGCUUUUGAAGCAGAGGCUGACGCAGCAAGAGGGAAGAGGCGUCUCCAGCGCACUCACUUCCAGCGGAGAGAGCAACGGGCGGCGAGAGGAAGGAAGGAGAGAUGAGAGAUCCUCAUGCCAAUGUGAUCAACAGACAGUGGACGAGGGAAUAGCGACGAGCCGUGAUUCCGAUGCAGAGAGCAAGAGAAGAGUAGCGACAGAGGCUGACGCAUCGCCGGCGCCCUCCAGAACUCUUAUCGAAGCCGAGAGCGGACACGAAGGCGAAGGGACAGGCAAGGGAGGUCAGAUUUUUCAGCGGCAAGUUGAAGACGAGGCACGAGGUGAUGCCGUGGAGAGGCUUCAGCGUCUGUACGCGGAGGAGUGUUCAACUUCGCGUCGUUUAGCGGCAAAGAGCGCCCACUACAGACAGCAGCUGCAGCAAGUGAUGAGACGGCUGGCUGUAGUCACUCAAGCACUCGAAGAGGCUAAUGACCUGCGGGAGCAUCGUCAGCGAAGGCAACAGAAACGGAUGGACGCGUAG